AUGGGAAUGAUCAACCAACCAUCGGGCCAAAUCAGAUUGACCAACGUGUCGCUUGUGAAAAUCAAGAAAGGGAAAAAGCGGUUUGAGAUUGCGUGCUACCAGAACAAAGUCCAGGACUGGAGACUGAGAGUGGAGAAGGACCUCGACGAGGUGCUCCAGAUCCCGCUGGUUUUUACCAACGUGUCCAAGGGCCAGGUUGCCAACAACGAGGAUCUUUUGAAUGCGUUUGGAACCACCAACCAUGACGAGAUUCUCCUUGAGAUCUUGGACAAGGGUGAGAUCCAGCUCAACGAGAAGGAAAGAAGUGCCAACUUGCAACAGAAGCAGAACGAGUUCCUCAACUUGAUCCUGACCAAGUGCAUCAACCCGAGGUCCAAGAAGCGGUACCCGCCCAGCAUGAUCCAGAAGGCGCUCGGGCAGUUGAAGUACCACCUCAACCCCACCAAGGCCACCAAGCUCCAGGCGCUCGACGCCAUCAAGCUCCUCAUUUCGGCGCAGGUGAUCCCCAUUGCACGCGCGCAGAUGAAGGUCAAAAUCACCGUGCUUCUGCGGGUCCGGGACGCGUUCCAGGAACACAUCCGGCCCAUGGUGCACAGGAUCGAGAGCGAGAACGAGGGCGCCAAGUUGUUCGAGGCCGUGGCCAUCAUCGACCCGUCCCACUACAAGGAAAUCGUGGACUUGCUUCUGGGCGAGGACCCCGACAAGAUGAAGAGAGGCGAGGGCUCCGUGGAGGUGCUUGACAUGGUGGCGUUGCAGGAGUGA